UCGGAGAGCGCUUCACAGGCCGAAAGUGGGUCUGUUUUCAAGUUCCCCAUUCCCACACUAGCAUAUAAGGAAUUCAGAAACUCUGAGAAACCAUUCACUGUUGAGAUCUCACCCGGACCCCAGGUUAUUGCUCAGAUUGGCGACUCAGUUGUGUUGACAUGUGGUGUCACAGGCUGUGAGUCCCCCUCUUUCUCUUGGAGAACACAGAUAGAUAGCCCUCUGAGUGGGCAGGUGAAGACUGAGGGGACCAAAUCCACGCUGACCCUGAGCCCUGUGAAUUUUGAGAAUGAACAUUCUUACCUGUGCACUGUGACCUGUGGCCAUAAGAAACUGGAAAAGAGAAUUAGUGUGGACCUCUACUCAUUCCCUAGAGAUCCAGAGAUCGAGAUGAGUGGUCUACUAGUGAGUGGAAACCCAGUCACUGUGAGCUGCGAGGUUCCUAGUGUGUAUCCUUCUGACCGGCUGGAGAUUGAAUUAUUUAAGGGGGAGAGUAUCAUAGAGAGUAAAACCUUUCUGGAGGACAUGGACAAGAAAUCUCUGGAGACUAAGAGUUUGGAAAUGACCUUCAUCCCCACCACUGAAGAUGCUGGAAAAGUUCUUGUUUGUCUGGCUCAGUUACAUGUUGGUGAAAUGGAAUUUGAACCCAAACAAAGGCAGAGUACACAGACGCUUUAUGUUAACGUUGCCCCCAGGGAUACAACCAUCUUGGUCAGCCCCUCCUCCAUCCUGGAGGAAGGUAGUUCUGUGAAUAUGACGUGCUUUAGCAAUGGCCUUCCAGCUCCAGAAAUCCUGUGGAGCAGGCAGCUAAAUAAUGGGCAUCUACAGCUUCUUUCUGAGAAUUCAACUCUCACCUUAACUUCUACAAAAAUGGAAGAUUCUGGUAUUUAUGUGUGUGAAGGGAUUAACCAGGCUGGAAGAAGCAAAAAAGAAGUAGAAUUAAUUAUCCAAGUUGCUCCGAAAGACAUACAACUUAUAGCUUUUCCUUCUAAGAGUGUCAAGGAAGGAGACACUGUCAUUAUCUCCUGUACAUGUGGAAAUGUUCCAAAAACUUGGAUAAUCCUGAAGAAAAAAGCAGAGACGGGAGACACAGUGCUAAAGUCCAGAGAUGGUGCAUAUACCAUUCACAAGGUCCAGUUAGAGGAUGCGGGAGUGUACGAAUGUGAAUCUAAAAAUGAGGUUGGCUUGCAAUUAAGAAGUUUAACCCUCGAUGUUAAAGGUUAGUUAGUUUUUUGUUUUUGUUUUUGGUGAUUUUUUAAUAAUAGUCAGAGGUUUGGUGGAUUGUAAAGAUUUUCCAGGAUCAGGUAAAUGAGUUGGCAAAAUGGAGCUGAAUUCCAUGUUGACUAUGGUUAUUUCUCAAUGUUCCCUAAAAUAAUCAUGCACAGCUGUCCUAUCCUAUGGAGUUUAGACAGGAAGUUGACAUGAAUCAUUGGUGAGUACAGGAUUCCCAUUUGCUUUUCUCAAAGUUGACAAUUCAUCAUUGGUCUCUGAAGUCUUGCAUUUCCUAAGUGUUUAAACAUACGUUCAAAACCUUUCCCUGGAGGUGAUAAGGAAACUAAAGAAGUAGGAUUGGCACAAUGAAGAAAAAAGUUUCUACCCAGACUCUUGUCCCUCCUACCAGAAGGGAACGCUGUUCUCUGAACAUGGAUUAGUUGCCUAUUUUCUGGAUUGACUUCUUUCAAGAUAAUAAUCAGAAGUGGCAAUCUUGAUGCUGAACAACAUAUAAGAAUCUUUAGACUACAAAAUUGCUUUCUUAAAAGUCCAAGCCCCUUGUCCAUCCUACCCUAUUCUGAGCAGGGGUGGGGUGAGCAAUGGCCUCAGCAAA